AUGUUUGGGUUCGGAAAGAAGAGCGACGAGAACUCUGUUGAGCCUCAUAGCGACAAUGUAGAUGUCGAGCCACGUCCUCAAAGACCGUGGAUAGAGACGGCCCUCCCUGUAUUUGCCUGCGGAGCUGGUCUCUUUUCUGAUGGUUACAUCAACAACGUCAUUGGUUCCGUCAACACGACUCUAAAAAUCCAGUACAAAGAUGUCUACAUCAACUCCAACGCCUUCAAAUAUGUGGCCGACAUUGCUUUUGCCGGUACUGUCGUGGGUCAAUUGAUCUUUGGCUUCCUGGCUGAUCAUUGGUCCCGAACCAAUACUCUGAUGGUAUCCACCGUUAUUCUUAUCAUCUUUACUGCACUAGCCGCCGGAUCGUAUUGGCACGGAGAACCUGUGGGCAUGUUCAAUAUGCUUACUGCCUGGAGAUUCUUCGUGGGUAUCGGUAUCGGAGGUGAAUAUCCUGCUGGUAGCGUCGGGUGCGCCGAGUCCAGUAAUGUUGUCGCAGCCGCUUGCCACAACGGCCACCUCAGCACCAUAUGGCGAACUAGCUUGGGAAUCGGUGUCGUAUUCCCUCUCGUCCUCUUCGUCAUGCGUCUUGGACUCAAGGAGCCCGAAGAGUUUACCCAGCACUCUAUGAGACAUCAGACACCUUACUGGCUGGUUCUGCGCUACUACUGGUUCAGACUUCUAUGUGUCAGUCUGGUCUGGUUCCUCUACAACUUUUCAUCCUACGCCUUUGGCAUCUAUUCGUCGUCGAUUCUCUCUGGCAUCUACGGUGAGGACGCGCCACUAACAACAGUCUUUGGCUGGAACACGGUUGUCAACAUGUUCUACCUGCCUGGUACUCUACUCGGUGCUUUCGUCAGUGACUGGAUCGGUCCUCGAUACACCCUUGCCCUCGGCAUUUCCAACCACAUCGCUGCGUUUUGUGUCGUCUUCGGCAUCUUUCAGGCUCUCGGAGAGUUGGGGCCCGGAAACAACAUUGGUCUCUUGGCUGCCAAGACCUCGGCGACUGGUGUCAGAGGUCGAUACUACGGUAUUGCGGCUGCGACUGGAAAGAUUGGUGCUUUUGUUGGUACCUGGGUGUUUCCAUACAUCCAAAAGGCUGGUGGCAACGACACAGAGUCAGCUCAGUAUCCCUUCUGGGUGUCAUCAAGUUUGUGUAUCUUGUCUGCUGCCAUUGUCUUGAUCUGCAUCCCGCAUGUCGGCCAAGACACUAUCGCCAUCGAAGACCAAAAGUUCCGAGAGUAUCUCCAGGAGCAUGGAUGGGACACUGCUCAGCUUGGUGUCAAGCAACCUGGUGUGGAGGAGGGCGCUGUGGUUAAUGAUAAGGCUGUUGAGCAGUGA